ACCUGGAUGCCCAGUUUCCUUUCGAAGCUUUUUUAGCAUAAAAGCAACCACAACUCGGCUGAUUUCCUCGGGACGAUUUAUUUGGUCAAUUUACUAUACCUGUUCUUCAUAAAGAAUCCUUAAGCAACCACCAUGAACGGAGCUGUAGUGUUGAUCGCUUGUGCCCUUGUGGGACUGUGCGCCGCCGCGGAGGUGCCCCCUCGCCCGGUGGUGGGCCGCGACUGCCGCGCCCACCAACUGCAGGUGGACGAGUCGCACCUGCUGGGCGCCUGGAGACCGCACUGCGACGCGGACGGAUCCUACUCCGCCCUGCAGUCGCACGGCAGCACCGGCAUGUCCUUCUGCGUCGACAAGCUCGGCACCACCAUCUUCCCGCCCCGCCGCGGCCUCAAGGCCUGCGCGUGCCCCCGCGAACGCAACGACAAGCUGCAGAACAUGAUGAUCGGGUCGUUCAUCCCGCAGUGCGACCAGGACGGCACCUACGCCGCCCAACAGGUCUGGGGCAGCACCGGCAUGACCCGCUGCGUCCGUGAGGACGGCACCACCAUCCUGGAGGGCCGCCAGGUCCGCGCCUGCAAGUGCCCGCGCGCUGCGGACGCUGCUCCCCAAAUGCCCGGCGCCUUCCGCCCGCAGUGCGAGGCCGACGGGACCUUCCGUCCCCGCCAGAGCCACGGCAGCACCGGCUACUCGUGGUGCGUCAACCAGGAGGGCGUCGCCAUCACCGCCCAGGUCCCGCCCGCCCAGGCCGCCACCCUCAACUGCUAAACUAAACUGACUGGUCAUUCCACGCGCUUCUAGUCAACCAACAACUAACUCAUGUUCUAUCUCAUGCUUAUAUAUUCAACGCAGGCACAUGGGUGCAAUGCGGCACUGAACAACGAAAAGUUAAAUAAUUUGUGAAGAAAAACAUCCAUCACUAGAAAAAAAAGGUGAAAUAAAAUUCCGUGCUGAA